UAUUUUUGUGUUGUUUUCCAGGCAAAAUGUCCUGAGCCAGAUGCCGCCACAGCCAUGGCUGUGGGCUCUGACUCCACAGCAGUUGCCUCAGAUGUUACAUACAACAUUGGACCACAGGACUUCAUUUUAAAGCUUCCUGGCAUAAACUUCAAGAACUACCGAUCUGUCAUGAGAAACGUGGAGAGUGUUCAAGAACUUUUCACACUGCCUCAGGAAAGGCUUGCAAAUAUUUUGGGCAAUGCUAACAGUGCUAAACAACUCUGGGAGUUUAUUCACACCGAUAACAAAGGUCGUGUGCAGCCACAAACAUCCUCGAAAGUAAGAAGAUGAACUUCUUGGACUUGUUGAAAACAAGCUGUCACAGUAUAGUAUGUAUAGAGGAAAUAAAAAUUUACCAUGGGCAAACACGA